GUCCGAGCAACAAGCGCCGCGCGGUGGCUCGUCAGCGGUAAGUGACAAUCCAUUGCAGAGCCGCGCAUAGGACGGUGGCGUUCCAUGGACACCAUACUUUUCUCUCCCAAAGGCAGACCGCCGCAAAGUGCUACCACCAGGCAGGAGAUUGAGAUGAUCAAUAAGGCUCAGCGAGCCGCGGUCAACACAACGGACAUCAUCGAGAAGCUGCGACUGCUCUGCCUGGCCCGGGGUGCCCAUGGCAUUCUUGGCCUGGGCAGAGUGUUCCGACGAAUGGACCAAGAUGGCAACAAGCAAUUGAAUCAAGUAGAACUAACGGAUGGACUCGCAGAGUGUGGACUAGAGCUGUCAGACGAUGAGAUAUCGGCAUUGUUUGAUAAACUAGAUUGUGACGAUAGCGGGGGCAUCAGCGUUGACGAAUUCAUCACUUCGGUCAGACCACCUAUGAAUGACAGUCGGAAAAAGCUCGUAGAGUUAGCGUAUCAAAAAAUGGACAAAACUGGUGACGGCGAGAUUAGCAUCGAUGACUUAAAGGGUCUGUAUAAUGUAAAAUGCCACCCUCGCUAUAUUAGCGGUGAAGAGAGUGAAGAGAGCAUACUAAAUAAAUUCCUUGCCAACUUCGAACAAAAUGCUACGAAAGAUGGAAUGGUCACAUUUGAUGAAUUUUUAAAUUAUUAUAGUGCCAUAAGUGCCAGUAUUGACAACGAUGCUUAUUUUGACUUAAUGAUUCGUAACGCUUAUAAGCUUUAAAAGAAAAAUAUAGUGAUAUCACUCAAAAAUGGAAUAUAUUUCGUUUAUAAAAAUUUAUAAAUUGUAUCAACACAGCUUCCACAGUUCACUUUUAAAUACCACUGAGUAUUUGAUAUAAAAAAGUGUAUGUGAUUCUGAUUAAUUCAAUAAAAUUCAACAUGUACACGUAGUCAUUAUUAAUUAAGAGCUUCUACAUAUUACAUUAUUAGAGAGUGUAUAAAUGUAGCAUAGAAUUAUAGCAAAUUUCUGAAGAAUAUACUUAUGUGCUUGAAAAUGAUAUUUACGAAGACAGUAAUUAUACAUUAGCGAUUUUUAGCAAAA